AUGGAAGAACAGUCGCAUGCUGGGCAGUUUAUUCUGUUCGAAGGGGAGAAUAACUUGAACAGCGACAACUUCUGCUACGAGUACAAAGAAUGGGCAAUCAGGAAAACGCCUUCGAAGACGCAGAGCUAUAAAAAUUUAGGCAGCCAAAGCAGGAUGAGCAAAUGGGCAUGCGGGGACAAGACCCCAUUUAACUUUGCAAUUUGGGAAAUAACUCCCAAGUGCAAUUCACCCUUCGCACAGCUGAAAAAAGAGGAGCUGAAUUUCUUCCUUUCCUUGUACCUUCUGCAGAGCGAUUUGGAGAUGAUCGGAAAGCACAACUUGGAAGAUUUUUUAAACAAGGAAGACAAGAGGCGGCGCCACAAAGUCCCCAUGCUGUGGUUGCACGAUUGUACAGCGGCCUAUUCGGCGUGAAGAGCGGUGGGGGGAAAGAGUACAA